AUGCUGGCGGAGUCGUGUUUUGAGUCUACUAAAAAAGUAACACCCCCCUCACCCCCCCACCCGCGCCUCAAUCCUCGCUGCAGUGGUGCAAACAAUGCUGGCGGAGAGGGUGGUGGCAGCAGUGAGCCUCGCCCCUCCCGACACUUUCUCCGCCUCUUCUCUCCCCCCCUUCCCCUCCCCAUAACCCCUGCAGUGGUGCAAACAAUGCUGGCGGAGAGGGUGGUGGCAGCAGUGGGACCCAUGACCUCCUCCCAGGCGCACGUGCUGUCUGCCAUCCACACACAAGUGCAGGUCCCCAUGGUAUCCUAUUCCGCCACGGAUCCCUCCCUCUCAGCCGCCUCCUACCCCUUCUUCACUCGCACCAUCCGCAGCGACGCUCUCGAGAUGCAGGCCAUAGCGGACCUAGUGACGCAUUUCAGCUGGCUGGAGGUCAUUACCAUCUACAGUGAUGAUGAUUACGGCCGAAACGGAGUCAACCAGCUGGCGGUGCUGCUGGAUAAGGCGUCAGUGGACGUGGUGAAGAGCAUCGCUGUGCCGCUGGACGCAUCCCUCUCAGACAUCAUCGUGCGUCUGCUCGCCGCUCAGAAGCUGGAAUCCACCGUCUUCAUCCUGCAGCUCAACCUCGCGCUCAUCGUGCCCGUGCUCACUGCUGCAUCCGAAGUGGGCAUGAUGACGCCGGGCUAUGUGUGGAUAGCCACAGAGGGAGUGACGUCGGAGCUGGAGAAUCUGCCAGAGCUCUCCACCGAAGGGAUGAUCGGCACACGCGUCCUCGUGCCGCCCAACCCCCAGCUGUCUGAGUUUGAGCGCGCGUGGCAGGCAGAUGGGGACGGGAACAUGAUCAACGGUGGUGCGGCCUUUGAUCAGACUACCACACUCUACACUCUUUUCGCCCACGACUCUCUCUCCCUCAUCGCCCGCGCGAUUCACUCGAUGCUCUAUCCCAACUCCCCGCCCUCCUACCCUCCUCCUCCUGCCACCAACGGCAACGCCAGUGGCAAUGGCAAUGGCCUUAAUAGCACUGGGAGGCUGGCAGGAGCAGAAGCAGCGACAGGGGGAGUGGGGGCGGGGGGCGGGGGUACGAGUGGGGGAGUGGUGGGUUUGGAGCGGUGGCAAGCAGUGGAGUUGCCAAAAGGAGGGGGGGUGUUGACUGAUUUGGCUAGGCUGCAAGAGAACCUUGGUGCGUGCAUGAUAGGGAGUGCAAGUGCAUG